GGUGAUGCUCCUGGCCUCCUCGGUCCUGCGGGGUCGCCUCCGCCCGCUCCGCCGGCCCCGGCCCCCGAUCAUGCCCUCCCCGCUCUUCCUCUCCCAAAACCCUAACCCCAGCCCCGCCUCCCCAUCCAUGAGCACCAACGGCGUCUACGUGCCCCCGAUGCGGCGGCUCCGCUCCGUCAUCGCGUCCACCAGCGGGAACCUGGCGCCGCCGCCCUCCGUGCAGCCCGCGUGGUCGCCCGACUGGCGCGCCGACGGCCGCUCCCUCAGCCCGCCCUCGCCGCCGCCGCCUCAGACGCAGCGCCGCUCCGCGGCCCUCCCGCCGCGGCCGCCGCAGCCGCCGCCGGCCCAGACGCAGCCGCUGCGCCAGCAGAGCGCGGGGUACUCUCGGUAUGCCUACGAUGACUUCUCUGAGGAGGAAUCCGACAGGGAAAUGGACCGUGCGUCAGUCUCGUCCAGUAAUAAGGGUGCAUCUACUUUAGAUAAUGUUGACGAAUGGAAAUGGAAACUGCACAUGCUUCUCCGAAACGACAAUGAGCAAGAGAUUAUGUCUAGGGAAAGAAAGGACAGGCGUGAUUUUGAUCAGCUUGCCCAACUGGCAGAGCGAAUGGGUUUGCACAGCCGUCAGUAUGCUCGAAUCAUUGUGUUUAGUAAGGUGCCCUUGCCUAAUUAUAGAUCAGACCUUGAUGACAAAAGGCCUCAAAGAGAGGUAUCUAUACCCUCUGGCUUGCAAAGAGAAGUUGAUGCGUUGCUUGCAGACUAUCUUGCACGGAAGAAAACAGACAGUGCGAACUUUCCUAAUGCUGCCUUCUCAAGGUCUAGCAGCACAGACAGUUUUAUGACUGAUGAAGGCUUCUAUGAGCAGCAGGAUAAUCAGGCAUCAACAAAUGUUGUGAUGGAGAGAAUCCAAAGAAAGAAAAGCUUACAGUUGCGUAACCAGCAAGCUGCGUGGCAGGAAUCAAAUGAUGGUCAGAGCAUGAUGGAGUUUCGUCGCAGUCUUCCUGCCAAUAAAGAAAGGCAAUCACUACUGGAAGCUAUAUCUCAGAAUCAGGUGGUUGUAGUUUCUGGUGAAACUGGCUGUGGUAAGACAACACAGCUGCCACAAUAUAUUUUAGAGUCUGAAAUAGAGGCUGCUCGCGGUGCUACUUGCAGUAUCAUUUGCACUCAACCAAGACGAAUAUCAGCUAUUUCUGUUUCUGAAAGAGUUGCUGCUGAAAGAGGUGAAAAAAUUGGGGAAUCGGUUGGCUACAAAGUUCGGUUGGAAGGAAUGAGAGGAAGGGAUACGCGCCUUCUGUUCUGCACUACUGGAGUCCUGUUGCGGCGAUUGCUGGUAGAUAGAAACUUGAAAGGUGUUACCCAUGUUAUUGUGGAUGAAAUCCAUGAACGGGGCAUGAAUGAAGAUUUUCUCCUUAUUGUCCUAAAGGAUCUUCUUCCACGCCGGCCCGAGCUAAGACUUGUAUUGAUGAGUGCAACCCUCAAUGCUGAGAUGUUCUCUUCAUACUUUGGCGGAGCACCCAUGAUACAUAUACCUGGUUUUACAUACCCUGUUCGAAGUCGUUUUCUAGAAGAUAUCCUUGAAGUUACCGGGCACAGAUUGACCCCGUACAAUCAGAUUGAUGACUAUGGCCAAGAGAAAAGUUGGAAAAUGCAAAAGCAAGCUCUGAGGAAGACGAAGACCCAAAUUGCUUCUGUUGUGGAAGAUGCAGUUAAAACUGCUGAUUUAAGGGAUUAUAGUCCGCAGACUCGUGACUCGCUAUCCUGCUGGAAUCCUGAUUCAAUUGGUUUUAACUUAAUAGAAAAUGUAUUAUGCCAUAUUUGUCAAAAGGAAAGAGCUGGUGCUGUUCUUGUGUUUAUGACUGGCUGGGAUGACAUUAAUACACUGAAAGAGCAGCUGCAAUCAAACCCAUUACUUGGUGACCCUAGCAAAGUUUUGCUUCUUGCAUGUCAUGGUUCAAUGGCUAGCGCAGAGCAGAAACUAAUAUUUGAUAAACCUGAGCCUGGUGUAAGGAAAAUAGUUCUUGCUACCAAUUUGGCUGAAACUAGUAUUACUAUCAAUGACGUAGUCUUUGUUGUUGAUUGUGGAAAAGCAAAGGAGACAUCUUAUGAUGCAUUGAAUAACACGCCCUGUUUGCUUCCCACCUGGAUCUCCAAGGCUUCUGCCAGACAAAGACGAGGAAGAGCUGGCCGAGUUCAGUCAGGGGAGUGUUUCCAUCUUUAUCCACAGUGCGUAUAUAAUGUGUUUGCUGACUACCAGUUGCCAGAACUUCUGAGAACCCCUCUCCAAUCCCUAUGCUUGCAAAUAAAAAGCUUGCGGCUUGGGAGCAUCUCAGAAUUUUUAUCCAGAGCUUUGCAAUCACCCGAGUCUCUAUCGGUACAAAAUGCCAUUGAUUAUCUCAAAGUCAUUGGAGCAUUUGAUCAGAAUGAAGAGUUAACAGUUCUAGGAAAACACUUGUCUAUGCUUCCAGUAGAGCCUAAAUUGGGCAAGAUGCUUAUUUUCGGGGCUAUUUUUAACUGCCUUGAUCCCAUAUUAACUAUAGUUUCUGGACUUAGUGUUAGAGAUCCAUUCAUGACACCAUUUGACAAGAAGGAUCUUGCGGAGUCUGCCAAGUUACAGUUUUCAUGUCGUGAGUAUAGCGAUCACCUUGCGAUUGUUCAUGCAUAUGAUGGAUGGAGAGAAGCUGAAAGAGAUCGCAAUGGCUAUGACUACUGCUGGAGAAAUUUUCUGUCUGCACAAACCUUGAAAGCCCUAGAUUCUCUCCGGAGGCAGUUCAUCUUUCUUUUGAAGGACACUGGUCUGAUUGAUGAAAACAUGAUUAUGUGCAACAAAUGGAGUCGUGAUGCAAAUCUAGUUAGGGCAGUCAUAUGUGCGGGACUAUACCCAGGUGUUUCGUCUGUUGUGAACAAGGAGAAAUCAGUUUCUCUGAAGACAAUGGAGGAUGGACAGGUCAUGCUUUACUCGAGUUCAGUUAAUGGCAAAGAAGGCAAGAUUCCAUUCCCCUGGCUAGUAUUCAAUGAGAAAGUGAAGGUGAAUUCAGUGUUUCUCCGGGAUUCAACAGCAAUAUCUGACUCUACAUUGUUGCUCUUUGGAGGAAACAUUCAACGAGGGGGCUUGGAUGGACACUUGAAAAUGCUUGGAGGCUAUCUGGAGUUCUUUAUGAGCCGUGAUCUCGCAUCAACUUACUUGAAUCUCAAGAAUGAACUUGAGAAUUUAAUCCAUCACAAGCUUCAAAACCCAAGGAUGGACAUCCAAACCAGUGAGGAGCUUCUGUCUGCUGUACGGUUGCUGGUUACGGAGGACCCGUGCAGUGGUCGGUUUGUCUAUGGCCGACAAGAACCAAGAUCAAAGAAAGCAAAGAUGAUGCUUGCACCAGCCUCAGUCUCUAUGGACCGUGGAGGCGGGCACGGAGGGGACAACCCCAAGAACCAGCUGCAGACUCUUUUAACAAGGGCUGGAAACGACAACCCAACCUACAAGACAAAGCAGAUCAAGAACAGCCUCUUCAGGUCAACAGUCGAGUUCAACGGCAUGGAGUUUGUAGGGCAGCCAUGCGCAAACAAGAAGCUCGCGGAGAAGGACGCGGCGGGAGAGGCGAUCAAUUGGCUCACGGGUGGAGGAGCUCCCGCCGACACGAGAGAACCACGGGACAUGGAUCACAUGUCCAUGCUGACAAAACCGCCACGCAGGAAGAGGCACCACCAUAGGAGGUCCUGAUUAGCAGCAGAUGGUUUUGUUUGGUACCCAGUCUGUAGCAGUCAGGCAAACAGGACCAAAUAUACAUAUAUUUUAGAUUAGCGUAAGAGAGACAGCGAUUUUUUUGUAUGAUGCCCGAGGCUAUCGUAGGCACUGGAGCCUGUGCGGCGACGUGUGACUGAUGUUACAGCAGAAAAACAAAAGGGUCCACUGGCUGUGGUAGCACAAAGUGGAUAUUCAUCAUCAUCUUCAUUUCCAGAGUCUAGGGUCUAUUCAUACGGUGAUUUGCCUACUGAUGUGCAGGACUGUAUAACUAUUUACUAAAUGGAAGAUCAUUGAGUGGUGCCACAGUAAAAGAGGUAGCUCAUCAUG